AUGCGCGGCUCAUUACGACUGCAGAAUGGCCUCCGCGCUAGCCGCAUAUGCGCGCGCAGCACCAAUAGCCAAUUAGCAACACACUUUUCUUCACGGCCAGCAGCUCCAGUCAGCCUCGCAUCGCAUACAGCAACAACACACCUCCAACUACCCUUCCGAAGAUCCCUCCACACAUCCUCCAGCCUCUCCAAGAGCCGCAGCCGCAGCGACGGCCCUCCCGACUCUCCGCCGCCCACCAGCUUCAACGAGCUCGACGUGCUAGGCAGCGUGCCCGUGCCGUCGACGUCGGUGGACGUGUGCAUGCACGACGGCUUCGGGCUCAACAGCGGCAUCACGAUCGAGGGCGGCGACGGGGCGCUGCUAGUCAGCGGAGAGGCAUUUGCGUGGCGGCCGUGGGAGGUGAUUGGGGAGAAGAGGCUGGUGAAUGCCAAGGGGCAGUUUGAGCUGCCGCGGGAGGCGUUUGGGCUGUUUGAUAUGCUGUGGCCGAGACCUGAUCUCCUGAUCAUCGGCGUGGGCAAACACAACUUGCCAUUGAGUCCACAGACACGGCAGCACAUCUCGGAGCUGGGCAUGAGAGUCGAGAUGCUGGAUACCAGGAACGCGGCGGCCCAGUUCAAUUUGCUGGCGACGGAGCGAGGCGUGUCGGAGGUGGCGGCGGCUUUGAUACCCAUUGGGUGGGAGGAGGGCGUGGGUGUUCCUCCUUGA